UGGAGGUGAAGGACCGCCUGUCCCCUCUCUGCCGUCGCUGUCAAUGGCUUUCGGGACGUAUUUUAUGUGAAUGCCUGGGCCCUUGAAGUGACCAAUAAUGGAUAUUCUAUGGAUAUUAUGGACCAUACCGGCCGUAAUAGCAGUGGAAGAGACGCUCAUGGACUCCACCACAGCCACGGCGGAGCUGGGCUGGACAGUCUACCCCGUGUCAGGGUCGAGUGACAACAGCUGGGAGGAGGUGAGUGGCUAUGAUGAAAACAUGAACACCAUCCGGACGUACCAGGUCUGCAAUGUUUUUGACAACAAUCAGAACAACUGGGUUCGGACAAAGUACAUCCGGCGCCGUGGCGCACAGCGAAUCCAUGUGGAGAUGAAAUUUUCAGUCAGGGACUGCAGUAGCAUCCCCAACGUUCCGGGCUCCUGCAAAGAGACAUUUAAUUUGUACUACUACGAAUCGGACUCUGACACAGCCACCAGAACCUCACCAGCUUGGAUGGAGAACCCCUGGAUCAAGGUGGACACCAUUGCAGCAGAUGAGAGCUUCUCCCAGGUGGACCUAGGAGGCAGAGUGAUGAAGAUCAACACGGAGGUUCGGAGUUUUGGCCCUGUGUCAAGAAAUGGCUUCUACCUGGCCUUUCAAGACUACGGUGGCUGCAUGUCACUCAUUGCUGUGCGUGUCUUCUACCGGAAAUGUCCUCGUAUCAUCACCAACGGGGCAUUGUUCCAGGAGACACUCUCAGGCGCAGAGAGCACCUCCCUUGUUGCUGCGCGAGGUGUUUGCAUCCCUAAUGCAGAAGAGGUGGAUGUGCCCAUUAAACUCUACUGCAAUGGAGAUGGAGAAUGGAUGGUUCCCAUCGGGCGCUGCAUGUGCAAGUCUGGGAACGAGCCUGUGGAGAAUGGGACCGUUUGUCGAGCAUGUGCAUCAGGAUUUUUCAAGCCAACUCAAGGAGAUGAGCCCUGUUUGCAGUGUCCCAUCAACAGCCGUACGACCAGUGAAGGCGCCAUCAACUGUGUUUGCCGCAAUGGGUACUAUCGCACCGACUCCGAUCCUCUCCAGAUGCCUUGCACAACCGUUCCUUCAGCGCCACAGAAUGUGAUCUCCAUUGUAAACGAAACCUCCGUGAUGCUGGAGUGGAUGCCUCCUCGGGAUUCAGGGGGCCGGGAGGAUGUAGUCUUCAACAUCAUCUGCAAGAGCUGUGGCGGAGGACGCGGAGGCUGCACCCGCUGUGGGGACAACGUUCAGUUUUUGCCCCGUCAGCUGGGCCUGACAGAACCCCGGGUCUACAUCAGCGACCUGUUGGCCCACACGCAGUACACGUUUGAGGUGCAGGCUGUCAACGGGGUGUCAGACCAGAGCCCGUAUUCCCCUCAGUACGCCUCAGUCAACAUUACCACUAACCAGGCUGCUCCAUCCACUGUUUCUAUAAUGCACCAGGUCAGUCGCACCGUGGACAGCAUCACUCUCUCCUGGUCUCAGCCUGACCAGCCAAAUGGCGUCAUCCUGGACUAUGAGCUACAGUACUAUGAGAAGGACCAGUCAGAAUAUAACUCCUCUACCGUCAGGAGCCCGACCAACACAGUGGUCAUCCGUGGCCUCAAACCAGGAAGCAUUUACGUGUUCCAGGUUCGGGCCCGCACCGUGGCCGGGUUUGGACGCUACAGUGGCAAACUCUACUUCCAGACUAUGACUGAGGAGGAGUACAACACCAGCAUUCAGGAGAAGCUCCCGCUCAUCAUUGGCUCGGCGGCUGCUGGCUUGGUUUUCCUCAUUGCUGUGGUCGUCAUCAUCAUCGUCUGUAACCGAGCUAGAGUUCUUUGUCUUUCCUCCAGGAGGCGUGGCUUUGAAAGGGCUGAUUCCGAAUACACAGACAAACUGCAGCACUACACCAGCGGCCACAUGACUCCAGGAAUGAAGAUUUAUAUAGAUCCGUUCACAUACGAGGACCCCAACGAGGCUGUGAGGGAGUUUGCCAAGGAGAUUGACAUAUCCUGUGUGAAGAUUGAACAGGUUAUUGGUGCAGGAGAGUUUGGAGAAGUGUGCAGCGGUAACCUGAAGCUCCCAGGUAAAAGGGAAAUGUUUGUGGCCAUAAAAACUCUGAAGUCUGGCUACACAGAAAAACAACGGCGGGACUUUCUGAGUGAGGCCAGUAUCAUGGGGCAGUUUGACCAUCCCAACGUCAUUCACCUGGAGGGCGUGGUCACCAAGAGCAGUCCUGUCAUGAUCAUCACUGAGUUCAUGGAAAAUGGAUCUCUGGACUCCUUCCUCAGACAAAAUGAUGGCCAAUUUACUGUUAUCCAGCUGGUUGGUAUGCUCCGCGGCAUCGCCUCAGGCAUGAAAUACCUUGCAGACAUGAAUUAUGUGCACCGUGACCUUGCUGCAAGAAACAUCCUGGUCAACAGCAACCUUGUGUGCAAGGUGUCGGACUUUGGUCUCUCACGCUUCCUGGAGGACGAUACGUCAGACCCUACCUACACCAGUGCUUUGGGUGGGAAGAUCCCUAUCCGAUGGACUGCACCUGAAGCUAUCCAGUACAGGAAGUUCACCUCUGCUAGUGAUGUGUGGAGCUACGGGAUCGUCAUGUGGGAAGUCAUGUCCUACGGAGAGAGGCCUUACUGGGACAUGACCAAUCAGGAUGUGAUCAAUGCCAUAGAGCAGGACUAUCGACUGCCACCACCCAUGGACUGUCCCAGUGCUCUUCACCAGCUCAUGCUGGACUGUUGGCAGAAAGACCGCAACAAUCGACCCAAGUUCAGUCAGAUUGUCAACAACCUCGACAAGAUGAUCCGCAGUCCCAACUUGCUAAAGGCCAUGACUCCGUUAUCGUCAGGUGUUCAUCUCCCACUCCUGGACCGAAGCAUCCCCGACUUCUCCAGCUUCAGCACUGUGGAUGAGUGGCUGGACGCCAUCAAGAUGGGCCAGUACAAAGACAACUUUGCCAGUGCUAACUUCAAUACAUUUGACGUGGUGUCUCAGAUGACUAUGGAGGACAUCCUGAGGGUUGGUGUGACAUUAGCAGGCCAUCAAAAGAAAAUCCUCAACAGCGUCCAGAUGAUGCGGGCACAGAUGAACCAGAUCCAAUCAGUGGAGGUUUGACCCUUCAGAGCGGCGCAGAAGGCAGAGGGAGGGGGAAAAAAAGGCGGUUGGGACGUAAGGUCCUGGGUGCGGAAGAUGGAGUAGAUCUUUUUUUCUUUCUUUCUUCUUGCGUGACAGUGUGUCUGGUCUUCCCACAAGACUACCAUUUAUCCUUCGUUCCCCUCUUCACUUCCCUCUCUCAUUCUGGCAUCCUCUCACCCUGAAUAUCUCUCUCUCUCUCUCCAUCUCUCUCUAUCCUUGAAAUUAUCACUGGAGAGAAAAUCCAUGUUACAAGGCAUCAGAACAUCAGCCAAUGCACCUCUGGAGCCAAAAACAUGGGAUGUCAGAAGUGACCAGCAACAUUUUUUUUUUCCCAAUCUUCCACCAAUUUUCAUUUAAUGUUGAACUUUCUUGUUUUUGGUUUGUUUGUUUGUUCUGAUAAUUUUGUAAAGAUUUUUUAAAGAAAAAAAAAGAAAAACUGAUAAAAGGCAAGGAGUUUAUCUAAAUUUAUAGAUUGAUAUAAGGUUGUAUGCUAGAUGAACUGAGUAGGAAAGCUACCCUUUAAAAGGGCAAAAAAAAAGAAGAAAACAAGGAAGAGUUGAGGGGAUGAGUCCUUCCUCGACAGUGUGGAUAUUGUCUUUGUUGUUUUCAUUUUUGGACAUGUGAGGAAACACAGUUCUCUGUGGCCUUCUAAAAGACACCCUGCAGAGGCGACUGUGGAAUCGAACGUGCACUUCCAACUGUUUCCCCAGAGAGAAAAGAAAUUAAAAACAAAAAAAACAAAAAAAACA